AUGGGAAGCUUCCAACUCGACGACGUCCCACUGGACGAAAUCCCGCGACCCAAGGUGGGCGAGGCUGGAUAUGCAGGCUUCAAGCCUCGCACCGAAUGGUUGCGCAAGGGCUGGAUACACCCCGACCACGACGACGCUCGGCCGCUUCCUUGCGACCUGCUCGUUGAGCAUGACGUUGCCAUUCCGAUGCGGGACGGCAUCGUGCUCUAUGCCGACAUCUACCGCACCCCCAGCACCGCUAGCGCCGAGAAGAUGCCGGCGCUUCUCUGCUGGUCGCCCUUUGGCAAGAAGUUCAACGGCAUUUCGUCUCUGGGCUACAUGACGCCUUGGAACCUCGGCAUCAAGCCAGGCACUCUCUCGGGCUUGGAAAAAUUCGAGGCUCCGGACCCAGCCGAAUGGUGUCCGAAUGGAUACGCCAUCGUCAACAUCGACUCGCGAGGUUCUGGAGACAGCGGAGGAACCAUGGUCAUCAUGGGCAAUCAAGAGGCUGAGGAUGGCUACGAUGCCAUCGAGCACAUCGCUCAGCUGCCGUGGUGCACAGGAAGCGUCGGACUGGCAGGCAACUCCCACCUUGCUAUCGUUCAGUGGUUCAUUGCUGCGCUCCGUCCGCCCAGUCUCAAGGCCAUCGCACCAUGGGAGGGCUGCGGCGAUCUGUACCGCGAGCAGUUUGCUCGCGGCGGGAUCUACUCCGGCGACCUUUUCGACAAGCUGAUCGUCAAGCACAUGCUCAAAGGCGGCAUUGGCGUCGAAAGUUUCCGACAGAUGUUCGAGCGCCAUCCGCUAGCAAACGACUGGUGGAACGACAAGCGACCAGACAUGUCCAAGAUUAAGGUGCCAACCUACAUCACUGGCACUUGGACCAAUACCAUGCACGGCAUGGGUGCCAUCCGAGGUUGGCUCCAGGUGGAUACCGAGCAAAAGUGGCUCCGUUGGCAUCCAUGGCAAGAAUGGUUCGACCUCUGGGGAAAUCCUCAGGCAAGCAAGGAGCUCUUGCAGUUCUUCGAUUACUUCCUCAAAGACAAGACAGACAACGGGUGGGAGAGCGUGCCACGCGUACGAAUGGCUCUGCUUCGAUUUGGCAAAAAAGAGCCACAGGCGUACGAGAACAUUGUCGAGGACGACUUUCCGCCAAAGCGAACGCAGUACCGGCAGCUUUUCUUUGGCUCUGACGCAAAGCUGGUUGAAGAGGCGCCGCAAUCCGAGGCCAGGAUCAGCUACAAGUCUGAAGAGCAAUCGGGACACGUAAGCUUUGUGCACACCUUUUCGACGACAACCAACAUCAUGGGGUUGCCAAAAGCUGUCGUGUACAUGUCCUGUCCAGAUCACAACGACAUGGACGUCUAUGUGACCAUCGAGAAGCUCGAUGUGUGCGGACAGCAGAUGAAGAAUCUCAACAUUCCCUGGAGCGGGAUUCCGGUCGAAUCGUUCGAAGAGAUGAAGCCGCAGGAGCAGACUGAGGUGGCUAUCUACAAGGGACCCAUGGGAGUGUUGCGCGCAUCGCUACGCUCGAUCGACGAGUCCAAGAGCAUGCACCCGCACUGGCCCUUCCAUCCUCACGAUCGCGAAAUGAAGGUGGUACCAGGCGAGGUCGUCCGUCUCGAUAUCGGAAUCUGGGCACUCGGCGUCGAGUUCGAAGCCGGCGAAAGCAUCCGCGUCAUCGUUAGCGGUCAGAACCGCACCGUCAGCAAUUUUGGAUCUGGGGCGCACGUCCAGAACAAGGGCGUGCACAACGUCCAUCUUGGCGGACAGUAUGCCAGUCAUGUAAUCAUGCCCUUUGUGUAG